CUGAUUGGCUGAAGGUCACCGAAGCCUGUGUAGUGUUAUGGUACCCAUUCGAACCCAAACAUGGCGGCUCUCUUACGGAGCUCGCAAUCUUUAGGAUUUUUAUCAAAUUUGAGGCGUUUUGAUUUAUCUCGGAGAGCUCCAACCUGCUUAGCAGCCUUCCAGAUAUGUAAUAAAAGUACAAACGUUCGGCCACUCAAUAAAAAGCUCAAAGAGGAUGCCGAGGUGGUGAUCAUUGGUGGUGGAUGUCUUGGAGUAAGCACGGCCUACCACUUGGCAAAGAGAGGCCUCAAAGAUGUAGUUCUGCUGGAGAAAUCAGAGCUGACUGCAGGCUCAACAUGGCAUGCCGCUGGUCUCACCACUUAUUACAACCCAGGGAUCAACAUGAAACACCUGCACUACUAUAGCAUCAAAUUGUUUGAGCAAUUGGAGGCUGAGACAGGGCAGGAGGUAGGGUUCCACACUCCCGGCAGCCUACGAAUCUUCACCACCCCUGAGCGCUUUGAUGAGGGCCGGUACCAAAUGUCCAGGCACGGCUGGCACAAAGCACCUCAGUGGCUGGUGACGCCAGACGAGAUCCAGAAAAUGGUGCCAAUCAUGAAUAUGGAUGGUGUGCUCGGGGGGCUGUUCAACCCAGGGGAUGGCCAUAUUGAUCCAUACUCACUGACUCAAGCCCUGGCAAUUGGAGCCAGGAUGCAUGGUGCAGAGAUCUACAUGCCUGCACCUGUAAAGGGGCUAAACCUCCGCCAGGAUGGGAGAUGGGAUGUCAAGACAGACCACGGAGUGAUCAGAGCUAAGCAUGUACUCAAUGCAGCUGGGUUCUGGGCCAGAGAGAUUGGCAAACUAGCAGGGGUAGAGUACCCUGUCACACCCAUCCACCACCAGUACAUGGUAACGUCAUCUAUUCCUGAGGUGCAGGCUCUGGAGAAGGAGAUCCCAGUCAUUCGUGAUUUGGAGGGGUCUUACUACCUCCGUAUGGAGAGGGGAGGGCUGCUGACAGGGCCAUAUGAAGAUAUGGACAAAAUGAGACUACAAGAAGACUGGUGGGACGGCGUCCCAGCAGGAUUUGGAAAGGAGUUGUACGAGAGUGAUCUAGAUCGUCUCUCUGAUAAUCUUGACUAUGCCAUGGCACGUUUCCCAGUGCUUGCGAAUGCUGAUAUUUCUAGUGUGGUGUGUGGACCCAUCACAUAUUCACCUGAUGUGUUAGCCAUGCUUGGCCCAGACAUUGAACUACCCAACAUGUGGGUUGCCAUAGGAACCGGAUAUGGUAUUAUUCACUCGGGAGGAAUUGGUAAAUACCUCAGUGACUGGAUCAUUGAUGGAGAACCACAAUAUGAUCUUAAUGAAUUAGACCCUGGUCGCUAUGGAAAGUGGUUUACCAAGGAAUAUGUGCACACAAAAGCACGAGAGUCAUACGGCCUUAACAACCAAAUCCUGCAUCCGAAGAUGGAGCGGUUCCGUGGCAGGCCUAUGAGAACAAGUGGAAUCUAUGAGCGGACACUUGAACAGGGAGCAGAAAUGGGUUUCCAUGUUGGUUGGGAGCAACCAAACUGGUUUGUUAAACCUGGUGAUGAAGGCGGUUACAAACCAAGCUUUCGUCGUACAAACUGGUUCGAGCCAGUGGGCCGAGAAGUUGACCUGGUGCUCAACCGAGUAGGGGUAAUUGAUGUAUCACCAUUUGGCAAGUUUGAAGUUACUGGAAAAGAUACCAAAAUAUUCCUGGAUGUUAUGUUUGCGAACAGUUUACCCAAGAUCGGAACCACCAACAUUAGCCACUUGUUGACGCCGCGUGGUAGAGUGUAUGCAGAGAUGACCGUCUCUGCUCUGGGCGAAGAUCACUAUCUGUUGCUCACUGGAAGUGGUUCUGAGUUCCAUGAUCUCAGAUGGCUGAAAAAGCAUGCAACUGAGGGAGGCUAUGAUGUCACCUUUGAAAACCUGACUGACAAGGUCGACACGCUGGGCGUGGCUGGUCCUAAGGCCCGUGAUGUGCUGCAGAAACUGACUACUGAGGACAUGAGCCAUGGAAAGUUCAAGUUCCUGAAUGUCAAAGACAUAGAAAUGGCAGGUGUUCCUGUUAGAGCUAUCAGGAUAUCAUACACAGGUGAGCUGGGCUGGGAACUGUACUGUAGCAAGGAACACACCCUGAAGCUGUACAAUGCCAUCAUGGAGGCUGGCCAAGAGUUUGGUAUUGAUAACUUUGGUACCUUCGCCAUGACGACACUGCGAGUUGAAAAAGGCUUCAGGGCCUGGGGCCUGGAGAUGAAUCUAGAUACAACUCCCCUCGAAGCUGGUCUGGACUUCUUUAUUAAAUUUGACAAGGGUGUAAACUUCAUUGGUCGGGAAGCGCUUCUCAAGCAGAAGGAAGAGGGAGUCAAGCGCAGACUGUGCAUGUUGACUGUAGAGACAACAGAUACUGAUCCGGAAGGCAAUGAGUCCAUAUGGUUUGGUGGAAAGGUUGUCGGGAACACGACAACAGGGACGUACAGCUACACCAUGAAUACAAGCAUCAGCUUUGCCUACCUCCCCCUAGAGCUGACAACCCUGGGAUCAAGGGUGGAGGUCGAGAUUCUUGGCCAGAAGUGUCCCGCCACUGUAGUGAAGGAACCACUUUUUGACACAGAACCUGUGCGCACACGGAGACAACUGAAGGCAGCUAAGGCCGCCGCUGCAAAAUCUGCGAGCUGAGUGUCGCACAAGGCACUCAGAUUAGGGUCCAAUAACUUGAGUGUGGAACUCCUGUGGUAAACCGUUAGGCUUGGAACGAAGGUUUCUGAUGACGCCAUGUAUCCAUCCACGGGAAGCCCAAACAGUAUUACAAUCGAAUAAGUUCUUCGGUUUAUAAAAAUAUGAAAUCUGUAUGAUAUAAUAUGCUAAAAGAAUUUUAUUUGAGAGUUGAAGUAUAUGGAUUCUCAAAUCUAUACAAUGACAUGGGUUACUCUGUCAUAGGAAAACCUUCCUGUGUUCGUUUAUACACCUUUGUUCUUAUAUACACAUUUAUCGAAAUUUAUACUUAUAUAUAUAUAUAAAAUAUAUAUAUUCUGAUGUCAAGAGAGAAAUCAAGUUGCAAGGCACGAAAGCAUCCGAAUGAAACGUCGUCAUUAGCUUAUCGUUAUAUUUUUACACUAUAGCUAAAUGUUUGUACUAUCUGUAUGAUUUAAUUAGAAAUAAAUAGACCAUAAGAAAA